AUGGUCAGUCCUGAUUUCAUUCGUGACUUUCGACAUAUUGCUUUGUGCAAUGUUCUUUAUAAAAUUCUUGCUAAGGAUAAUGUGCUUAUUGCCUUUGAGUUAUUGCAUGGGAUGAAGAGAGAAAGAUUGGGUGGAGAAGGGCCAGCUAAAUGGAUUGAGUGGAUGAUGUUGUGUGUUACUACGAUUAACUACUCUAUGAUUUAUAACAAUGCUGUUAUGGGGCCUAUUAAACUAAAGGGAGGUUUAAGGGCUAAUGAAUGUGAAAGCAGGCGUGUUAAAGAGAUAUUAAAGGCUUAUAAGGAAGCUACUGGUCAAGCAAUUAAUUUUCAAAAAUCAGGUUUAAUGUUUAGCCCUGUGAUGGCUGAAUCAAAGAAACAAGCUAUUUUAGGGUUGCUGGGAGUUCAUAAUUCUUUGGUCGGAGAAAGAUACUUGGGUUUACCUUCUCUUGUGGGAAGAAAUAAGAAGCAGAUCUUCAAUUAUAUCAAAGAGAGGCUUUGGAACCAGACCUCUUAA